CCACCUCUGAGCUUCCCCAGUCAGCUUCCACAUUAACGAAGAUGAGAAAAGCUUCCGCCCGAAGCAGCGUGCCUCACAUCGCAAGUUCGGAGACGAUGUGCCGACUGCCGGGCAGUGUGGGUUCCAUCAGCACGGGGGCGGGGUUCCUCACCACGCCGAGACUACAGGACGACUACAUGACACCAUCAGAGACCCAGGUGGAGAGCAGGUCCGCGUUCGGCCACGGACGAUUCCAGAAGACGAUGCUCCUCUGUGCACAGCUGGCAACCAUGCUCGCCUACUCCUACAGCUUCACACUACUAUUCAUCGAUCUGGAACCGGUCGAGCACUGGUGCGCGUCGCCGGAGCAGUUCGCCAACCUAUCCGAGCAGCUGUGGAAGGACACCGCCAUCCCACGCGACUCGAACGGGGACUUCAAACAGUGCGAGCGUUACGAUCCACUGGAAGCGCCAGCUUUGCCACUAGCGACGUCCACGUUCCGUCCUGGAGGCCCCGUGUCAGACCAUCUGGAAGCCAGCACCCAGUCACCUGUGACAAUAGACCGGACCAACGCCAGCGAGGUUCGUGUGAGAGCUUCGCCUAUGGACCUGGUACCCCGGGCAGAAAUGCCAUCGCCCGCUGGGACAUGGUCUGCGACAGGUCGUGGUACCAGGCACUCUUGAAAGCGGCGUACACAGGAGCGAGUGUCUUGGCCAUACCAUGCGUAGGCAUAGCGUCGGACAAGUUCGGUCGCCGCCCCGUUCUCCUCUGGGCUUCAGGCCUGGUGGUGUUGUCGGGUGUGGCUACCUGCCUGGCGAGCUCCUUCUUAGUCUACGCUCUCCUACGCUGCCUCUCGUCGGCUGCCUGCAGCGCCAUAGAAGUGAUCUCGUUUAUUCUACUCUUCGAGAGCACACAGCCUGGACCGCGGGCGCCCUACUGUGCCCUGGCCAUAUGCUGGCCCACGCUGCUCGCUCCAAUAUACGUCGCCGCACUCGCCACCUUGAUAAAGGAUUGGGUCAUGUUCAACUUGAUGGUCCUGCUACCAUCGGCGCUCCUGCUGGUGACCGCUGGGCUAGUCGAGGAAUCCCCGCACUGGCUGCUCGUGAGCCUGCGCUUCGAAGAUGCCGAGCGCGUCGCCGUGUACGCGGCCAGAUUCAACGACGAGGACACGGACCGAGUGCGGAGGCGCAUCGACGCCAUCCGGCACGCAGCCACCGUGAACAAACCAGGAGGUCGAGCCGCACCGCUUCUGGAGGCUGCCAAGCGAUCCCUGGCGGCUACAGCUCUGUGCGGUGGAAUGGCAUACCGAAGUUUCGUCAUGAGCGUAGCCUGGUUCACAUUGUUCCUCAUUUACUACGGCGGAUUGGCGACCGACAGCAAGACGGUAAGCCGCGACUACGAGCUCGCCAAGUGGGUCGUGGUGAUCGGCAACGCGCCGGCGAUGGCGGUCGCCUACUUCCUGGUCAAGCACCACGACCACCUUGCCGCUAUCGUUCGCGUGAUGUCCACGGUGGGUAUGGCUCUCGCCUUCCAUGCUGCUCUGGUGGCCUUUGGACUGCCGCUGCCGCUCACCGUGCUCAUCAUGUGGGUGAAGCUACUCCUGAACAUCACCUACGUCGUUUUGUGCGUGGAAACCGUCGAGAUGUUCCCGACCGAAAUGCGUAGUGUCGGCUUCUCUGGUGCCUACAUGUGGGGCAGGCUGGGUGCCACUUCAGCCAGUGCCAUUAAGGACCUCGAGGACCAGCUGACAGGAAGUGCCAAGGCCUUGCCGGUUGCCCUGUGUGCUCUCUGCUUGUCCCUGUCAUCGCUGCUCUUGGUGACGCUAAGCAACGAGGAGUCACCUGAUGCGGCAGUGAUGGCACUGAUGUGGAAUGACGAGAGACAGAAAGAACCGAAGCACUAACGCGGUCGUGUGCCACUUAGGCGAUCCUUAAUCUCAAUCCUCGCGUACGCCUUCUCGUCGACCACUGAGAACUAUGAGCAUAUGUGAACUGCUUGUGUUCUUACGUAUGGGUUAGAUUUUAUUGUGCUAUUUGUAAUAGAUCACUAAUCGAUGCCAGGCUGCAUUAAGGUAUUUUAUUUCGCAAUUUUAAACGGCGAUUUGUCGCGUCUUUUAAUUUCAGGUACUACAUAUCAUUGUCGUUUUUAAUUUGUUUGAACUCAUUGUCUCUCGUAAAUAGCGAUAAAUGUCUGCGUUCCGAUGAACUUUGGUCGGCAACGUUCAUUUCAUUGAUUGCACGACAAUUGUGAGUUCUAGCCACCUUCUUAUUUCGGUUUCCGCAAUAGGAGAUACAAAUGAUCGCUGCGUGCUAAGUCUGAUAAUAUUUCACGCUUUCCACCGGCUUUAUAUAGCAACCAAAAGUGUCACCGUCUACCUCCUACCCCCAGUGUAUGUCGUCCCGACAUUCUUAAGUGUUGGCUUCAAGUAGCACGCCCAUGUUGACCGUUGGUGCAAGGGUUUUCAAAAAAUUCACUUUAUUCUCGGUACUUCUUGAGAAGGCAAGAGGCUCUUCUGUGAUCCCCGAGCUCACCGGUUACAUGCCCAAAGUAUGUAUGGUGCCAGCACGUUAAGGUUCCCCAAAAUCGAAAAAGAGCCGCCUUGCGAUGCCUGGGCAUAUGAAAACCGCAACUGCAAGUACGUUGCUGGAAAUCAUGACAGCGCCAGGUUGGCCUGAAGGGUCUCACAGACGGUCCUCGCUACUACAGACUUUAUUGAACCUCGUGCCCACUUUUUUUACUGGAUUAAAAUACAGAACACAUGCAGAAGUUUCCAAUUAUUCCGAAGCACAGCCCACUUUUCUUGCCCUUGUUCUGGCAGUACUCGUUGCAGCCGGAAGGAUCGCGGCAAUCACAACCUGCACGUUCAGGAAAACUUUGUAGUGCACAGAUGAUUCUUCACGGACAGUACUCAAAC